AUAGAUCUAGCCGUUCAUCGGUUGCUCGGCCUGCCUGUUUACAACGUGGAACGAUGGCGAUUUUUAUUCGAAUUCUCGCUGUUUCUGAAAUCAUUUUAUUGUGUACUGUCAUUGUCAGUACUUCCGAUGACACCUGUACAUCCUACGGUGGCGGGCACGUGUAUCCCCAAGAAACACGGAGAACUACAGGGCAUACAAUUCAAUGGAGUCAAGUUGUCAUUUCAAAGCAAGCUCCAGAUUGGAAUGGAACAGCUGUUGUUAAUGGGGAGUUCAAGGAUAUUAGAUUAGAAGACUUUAGAGGAAAAUAUUUAGUUUUCUUUUUUUAUCCACUGGAUUUUACAUUUGUUUGUCCAACAGAAAUAUUAGCAUUCAGUGACAGAAUUGAAGAAUUCAAAAAAAUAAAAACAGAAGUGAUUGCAUGUUCUGUUGAUUCUCAGUUUACACAUUUAGCCUGGAUCAACACACCUCGUAAUAAAGGUGGUCUAGGACCAUUGAAAAUCCCUCUUCUCUCGGACAUAACCCAUGAUAUAUCAAAAGCCUAUGGUGUAUAUUUACAAGAUUUAGGACAUACUCUAAGAGGUUUAUUCAUCAUUGAUCCUAAAGGUAUUCUGCGACAGAUUACUAUGAAUGAUUUACCUGUUGGAAGAUCUGUUGAUGAAACAUUACGAUUAGUACAAGCUUUCCAAUAUACUGAUAAACAUGGUGAAGUUUGUCCAGCUGGGUGGAAGCCUGGUGCAGACACUAUAAUUCCAGAUCCCAAAGAAUCCCAAAAAUAUUUUAGAAAGCAAAAAUCUCCUGAAUUAUAAUUUUACUUCUUAUAAAUGUUUAAAACUACAAAUAUUAGAUGUGUAACUUUGUUUUGUAUUUGUUAUUUAAAUAUGUUAGAAUGAAAUUGUAUCCUCUACUUUUGUAACUCAAUUUUUUAAACUUAGAUCUUCAUUUUGUUGUCUUUAUGGUUCUGAUUUUCAUCCCUACAUAAGAUCUAACAACAAAUUUCAAAACUUUGGACGUUUGACGACGGCUGUGUUAUGCACCAGAUUUCAUUGAGUUUAUAUAAAGAUCAGUGGACGAUAUCUUGGUGUGACUGAGCUGUGUUUUCUGUCAGAUGUUAAAUAAAAUUGUGUCCGAUAAAAUGUGAAAUACGGAAUACAAACGAAAAAAGAAGUGAGAAAUUGUUUUAUCCAAAACAUAAUAAACAAAGGGCUGUAAUGGUCAGUUUGGCAUUAGAGUCGCAGUUUUUUAGUGUUUGUGUAUUCGUUUAAGGCAAGAAAUAAAGGAUGUAAUUUAAAUAGUUAAAUGUAGAGGAUGCAUAGUUUCAGUCUUGAGAAUAUAAGUAGAUUAAGAAAAAUGCUCUUUAAGGUGAAGGAUGUUUGUUCCAGCGUUUUAUCUCAGAUGUUAAAUAAAUGUAGAAUAAUUGAAAUGUAAAUUCUUGUUUUUGAUACUAGUCGAUUUAUGUUGCAUCUUUUUAUUGAAUUAAGAUGUUAUUUUUGUUUUUGAGCAAUUAAAAAGAAAAUUCUAGUGUUGUGAAAAUUUAGUCUGAUAUCUGACGUCUUUUGUGGUCUAAAAGCCUUCUAACUACUGCUCAAUGGUGUAAUUUUGUAUAAAGAUAGGACCAAUAUUCAAUUAUCUUUUUUUAAAAAUUGUACCAUAGUUAGAGAUGUCAAGGAAGAUAACUCAUUGUCUCUCACCAACUUUUGACACCAUCAAGUGUUUAUUUGCACUAUUUUCACUAUCACAAAUCAAUCUAAUAAUUUCUUCUAACAAUGAAAGCAAAUGAUGUAAAAAAUAAUUCAUUAAAAUAUAUUCUAGAAUUCCAUAAAUACAUUUAAUGUAUAGAAUCCACAAUAUUGGAUCUAUUUUAUUUAUAUCUUUUGUUUAUUUCAUUUGCUUUGUUAUCAGUGCUCUUCUGUGUCAGGUAAUGGUUUUUGGUUAUCUCAUUUUUAAAUGCAUGUUACUGACAGGUAUUUUUAUUUUUCUUGUAUGAAUAUGACAAUUGUUUGUAUUGAAAAAAUAAUAUAGAAUAUGACAAUAUUACUUACAUUACUUAGGACUAUGACUCUGAAAUCAUUUUAAUAAUUUUGAUGUUCAAUAAAUGAAAGUUUUUUGUUAUAAAUGUUUUUUUUAAAUUUACUAUUCUGUCAAGAUUAUGAAAUAAAUUUUACUUGAUGCUUCA